UCAUUUCCUCUUGGUUUUUCAGCCAGAGGUGCUGGAGACUCCAAUCUAUAAAUAGCAGGUUACAGCUCCUUCUACACGCACACGCGCGCGCAUAUAUCUACACGCACACACGCACGCACACACAAACACACAUACACUCCGAAGGAGGAAAGUCAAGCUUAAAGUCUGUGGUGCCACUGCCUGCCUACACCUCCGGCCGCCGCUGCAAGCCCCCAGCCCCAUCUCCCUCCGGAGAGACCUGGCUCCCCAGCUCCUCUCACCCAAACUUAGAGGGAGGACAAGUACAGACUCGAGGGACUGAUGCCUGUGUGGAACGACAGACAACAGGGCUGGUGACUACCGUGAUGUGGAGUGGUUGCUGGAGUCCAGCUCUAGAUACCUGGUUUGCCCCUCCUCCCUCCCCACCCGUCCAAAAUCUCCUCCCACUGUAGUGGCUCCUGCCAUCGCUGCCCCAGAGGAGAUGCAGGAGACAGACCCAGGAGCUGCUGCUGGCUGGGGAGAAGACGUUCAUUACUAAGGAGCCAAAAGAGAUGGUGUCGCCUGACAAGAAACCUAAUUCCGCUUAUGAAAAAUCAGACCAAGGACUCUGAAACCAGUGAAAUAAUCAUCCUAGAGCAGUGUUGUAUUAGAGAAUACAAGAAGAAAGCAAAUGCAUCUGUAAUUCUCAUGCAGAUCAUCAUUGAGGAGGCCUGCAUCUGUACCCAGAGACCCCAGCAACGCUAAUCUGGAAAUCCUGGGCACUUUCACUUGGGCUGUGAAACUUGGAAAUUUAAAGAAAUAGAAAUACGUCCCUGAGACAGUUUGCCAUGGAAAUCAAGGAGGAAAAAACAGCAGAGGAAGGGCAGCAUUUUCUUCAAACAGUCCAGGCAAAUGAUUUGGGAGAACUCCAGUUCACAAGUAUUCAGAAGAGUGCAAAUGAGCCUAAGCUGGAAUUCAGCCUUGCAUGCAAGGAUCUGGGAGCUCCUGCUCGGGACUGCAAGCUGAACACCCUUGUACAGGUCUCAGUAAUCCACCCAGCAGAUCAGAGUGUGACAAGGUACUCCAGCACCGAGACUGUUGAGGGUACAAGAAACCCACUGUUUUUGACGGGUGUGACAUUUCCACCUGAAUACCCUAUCUAUGAGGAGACCAAUAUCAAAUUGACAGUCUAUGAUGUCAAGGAUAAGUUUCAUGACACGGUCCGUACCAGUGUCCUGCCUGAGAACAAGGAGCCACGGUCAGAUGUUGGUCGGAGCUUCUUGGGCUGUGCUAGUUUUAAAGUAGGGGACCUGCUGAAAUCGAAGGAGCAACGGCUAACCCUUAGCCUGAGAACUUCCGAUGGUGGAAAAAUUGUUGGUGCCAUAGAAGUCAAUCUUUUGAAGAUGGGGGAGAUAGAGGAUGGGGAAGCCGACCACAUCACAACAGAUGUGCAGGGACAAAAGUGUCCAUUGGCAUGUGAGUGCAUUGCCCCAGAAGGUAUCAAAGACAAGGACAGCUUACUUUUCUUAAAUGCAGUAUUAAAAAAUCCAGUGUAUAAGUUAUACAGAUUCCCCACAUCGGAUAACAAAUGGAUGAGGAUUAGAGAGCAGAUGUAUGAGACCGCACUGUCUUUUCAUAUUCCUAAGGAACUGAUCUCCCUUCACAUAAAGGAGGACUUGAGAAGAAACCAGGAGCUAAAGGAUCUUGGUGAGCUCGCACCGCACUGGGAUAAUCUACGCAAAAACGUUCUUGCUCACUGUGAACAAAUGGUGAACACGUACCAAGACAUUCUGACAGAACUUGGGAAGCAAACAGGGUCUUCCUUCAGAUCAAGCUGCAGCAAAGGAGAGAAGAUAUUAGAAUUCAUUCCAAUAAACCUGCAUUUUCAAAGAAUGCAUGUUCACAGCCCCCAAUUGAAAGAUGCAUUAUACGAUGUCAUCACAGUAGGUGCUCCAGCCGCACACUUUCAGGGAUUUAAGAAUGGUGGUCUUCGGAAGUUACUCAGUCGAUUUGAAAUGGAAAGGAGAAAUACCGGAUACCAGUUUAUUUACUAUUCACCUGAAAACACAGCGAAAGCGAAGGAAGUUCUCGGCAACAUUGAUCAACUCCAGCCCCUCAUAUCAACCCACGCAGAUGGGCUGCUUAAUUCUGCCAGCCAGCAUUCUCCAGACAGCCUGAAGAAUUCUUUAAAGAUGCUUUCAGAGAAAACGGAGGUCUUUGUGCACGCCUUUAAAGAUCAGCUGGUCAGAAGUGCCCUCUUAGCUCUCUACACAGCCCGGCCAGGCUGUGUCCUCAAGAAAUCACCCACUCCCAAGAACACUGGGGAAGAAGAGGCUAAACCUGCAGGGUCCCUGCCCCCGAUCCAAAGGCAAGAUUCUAUCCCACAUCACUCAGACUAUGAUGAAGAAGAGUGGGAUAGGGUGUGGGCCAAUGUGGGAAAGAGCCUCAACUGCAUCAUUGCCAUGGUGGAUCAAUUACUUGAAAAAGAUGGUGGUAUCGAUGGCAGCGGCAGCGGUGGCGGUGGCAGCAGCGACAGUGUUACCAAUGGUGGCGGCAGCAGCAGCACCAAAGAAGGCGAACAGGAUCCUUCACUGGCAGAUGACGUCACAGCUCACCAAAGUGAGGACUGGUACGAGCAGCUGUACCCUCUGAUCCUGACCCUGAAGGACUGCAUGGGGGACAUGGUGAACAGGGCCAAGCAGUCUCUGACGUUCGUGCUCCUGCAGGAGCUUGCAUGCAGCUUGCCACAGUGCCUGAUGCUGACCCUCAGGAGGGACGUUGUCUUCAGCCAAGCGCUUGCAGGAUUGGUCUGUGGAUUUAUAAUGAAAUUACACUCAAGUUUUCAUGAUCCUGAUUUCCUCCAGCAACUUCACACUGUGGGCUUGGUUGUACAGUUUGAAGGACUACUGAGCACGUAUAGUGAAGAAAUUGGAAUGCUGGAGGAUAUGGCUAUUGGCAUUUCAGAUUUGCAGAAAGUAACAUUUAAAAUAACUGAAGCCAAAUCCAACGAUUUCUUGCCAGUUGUAACUGGAAGGCGAGAACAUUAUGUAAUAGAGGUCAAGCUUCCAACCAGGAUGUUUGAGUUGCUGCCACUAGAGAUUAAAGAAGGGAAGCUGUUACAUGUAUACCCAGUCCUCUUUAAUGUUGGAAUCAAUGAACAGCAAACUUUGGCAGAGAGGUUUGGAGAUGUCUCUCUGCAAGAAAGCAUUAAUCAGGAAAACUUUGAACUCCUCAAGAAAUAUUGCCAGUUGUUUACCGAAAAGAUGCCUCCUGAGUAUCUAUCCAAUUUUCAAGAACAAAAUGAUCUAAAAGGAUUACUAGAAAACCUGCAACAAAAUGUCCAGGCCAAAAAGAGAAAGAAUGUAGAAAUCAUAUGGCUGGCUGCAACGAUUUGCCGCAAACUUAAUGGGAUUCGAAUGACCUGUUGUAAAAGUGCCAAAGAUAGGACGUCUAUGUCAGUUACCCUUGAGCAGUGCGCCAUCUUGAGAGAUGAACAUCAAUUGCACAAGGACUUCUUCAUCCGAGCGUUGGAUUGUAUGAGAAGAGAAGGAUGCCGCAUAGAGAAUGUUCUGAAGAAUAUCAAAUGCAGAAAAUAUGCAUUCAACAUGCUACAACUGAUGGCUUUCCCCAAGUACUACAGACCACCCGAGGGGACAUACGGAAAAGCUGACUCAUAAGUUCCCCUCAAUGUAAACAGGAACACAAAUAUGUCUCAACUGCAUAUUAUACACUUUUUUUGAUCAUUAAUGGGGGGCAUGUGCACAGAUCUAGAGAUUACUUGAAUUAGUUAUCAAUACAAUAAGUUUUAAGGUGAACUAAGAACUGUUGGCAAUUAUUCUGGGGAUUAAGUGGGGAGGGGAGACGUAUUAUACAGAGUAUUCUAUCUCCAGUCCCUAAGUACAAGAGCGUCCUGAGGUUCAAGGCAUUAGUUUUGACCCACUGUUUAGUAUUCAUUCAGAAGGCCUCUACCUUGGACACAUGGUACUUAAAUGAGAAAUUUUCAAAAAAUUUUGCUAAUUUGCAACAAGAAACUCAUUAUGUCAUCAAAAAAUUCCUUAAGAGUCUUACUUCUGGUAAAAAGGGCUUGCUAUCUCAUCCUGGGGUGCUAUGUGACAGCAGCUGCCCAGACCCUCUGAGAAGUACCUUCCGUCCCAAAGUGGGUGUAUACACACGGCUAAUAAAACAGAAAAUACUUCCACAGAAAUGUUCUCUAGAAGGCAAACACCUGUUUCAAACACUGCCUAUGUGUUCUACCACUGCCUGUAAAGAAUGUAUGACCCUCACACAAGAGGUAAGAGGAACAGUAACACUCAAAAGGGACAUCUGUAAUUGGACCAGGGACAGAGAGCUUCAGAGCAAAUAGCAAGAAGCAUGCCUUCAGGGGGAGCGGCCACCCCUCCAGGUCAAAUCACCCUCUAUGCUAUGUAAAAUGAAUGACUACUUGCUAAGGGAGCUAGUUAGCCAAAAAACAAACAAACAAACAAACAAACAAACAAACAAAAAACAAAAACAAAACAAACAACAAAAAACUAUCUAGGGUUUGACUAUGGAGGAGGAAGAAGGCUCUCCUGUAGCUUUCUUUUUGUCUUAUUGUUGGUGCUUUCUAAAUGCUAAGCUCAGUUAUUUCUCCUUGCUCAAAGAUUCUAAGUGAUAUCAUUGACUUUCAACCACCCUGAACUAGUCAGAACUGUGAUAUCCCAAAGGGAGGACUUAGGUAACCUCUUUGGUGUCAUGGCCUGCUUUGGAAGUCUGGUAAAACCUACAAACUUGUUCUUAAAAUGAUUUUUAUUUUUUUAAUGCACAAAAGAAAAUGUAUGGGAUUAUAAAGGAAACAACUACAGUGAGAUACAAUUGAUAAGAUAUUUUAAAAAACAAGUUCACAGACGCACAGUUAAGAACUCCUUGGCUUAGAGACAAAGUGAAUUUUUUUUUAACUGAAACUUCAAGGAAAGUUUAAUAUGGGUGUCCUGGUGUUACCCAAAUGGAAAAUUCCCAAGAAACUAAUCUCUUCUAGUAUCUUGGAUUCAAUGAAAGGUGUUAAAUAUCAGCAAAGAAGCUCUGGUUGUCUCUUAGAAACCUUGAUAGUAGGUUCCUAAGAAGCUACUAUAAAUGUAUAAAUUAUAUAUAUGCUGUAUAAAAUACAGUGUAUUUGUAUGAUAGAGGUAAAUGCAUAGGUAUGUGCCUUUUUAGACAUGGGUAAUAUUUUCUGCAGGAUAAUAUGAAAGUUUUCAUUUUCAUCUGUAUAUCAAAACAUUUUUUGAUCUAGUGAAAGCUAACAAUUCAAAGGCUCCUACAGAUGGAAAGAACUUUAGAGGGUGCAUUUUAUCCAACUUGGCAUGUUAAAGAGCAUCUAGUUUCAUAUUUUUCAAGUUAAAACUGAGCCCCAGAGAAGUUAAAUCAGGUGGCAGAGCUUGGGUUAUUGCCAAGCUCACAGUGUCAAAGCGAGGACUAGAGUUUAAUCUUCAUGACUCUGAGUCCAGUGCUGGGCCUUGCUCCCCCACCAGGAGCUCAUAGAAAGGCUGGGGAAAGAGCACUGGUCAUUUUAGGGGAGUGAGUCAUUUCAGUUGACCCUGAGGCCCAGAUUCCAAGUUGAAAAAAACAAAAUGUAUUUAUUUAAUGACUUUCUUUUAUCUGAAGUUGUCCUGUUCCACAGACAUGAAUGCUUCAUAGAGGGUUAGUCAUUAGAACUGGGCACAUCCUAGGGACCUAUCAGAUAGAAAUAUCCAAUUAAUAUAUAUUAAUUAUGGACUCUAGGGUAACCGGGUUUUCAACCUUUUCUUGUAUCAUGGAUAUUUUUGUCAACCUGGUAAAGUCCGUAGACCCCUUCUUUGAAUGAUCCUUAAUUAUAUAGAAAUGUAAUUAUUAAACUUUUUAAAAUCAAGUUUGUGAACCCCAGAUUAAGGACCCUUGUUUCUGGGGGCUUUUCAACUGAAAUACACGUCAUAUUUAGGAUCAUGGAAGACCAACAUGUCUAAUACUCUAUCCUGCCCUAUAAAUCUGUCUGACUCUUCAGUGAAUAUUUAUUAGCUUUGUAGGCUUUUGAGCCAAGCAUCGGUUCCAUUUAAUAUUUUGGCUUAUGAGCUGACACAUUGUAAAAACAUUAGUGCUUCCUCCCUCAAGUGGGUUGCCGGGCUGAUUGUGCUUAACACCUACUGGGCAGCCUUCCAACAGGAAGAUGUUGGUUUCCAUGUCUAUUGAUUGAAGUCCCCAUUCUUCCCUGAUAUUGGCUAACUUACAGUGGUACCAAUCCACAGUAUUGAUGGAAAUACCCAAAUGGGUGAAAUGGCAGUUCCAUGGACCUGUUGGAACAUCUGUGGCAGCACAUCUUUAUAGUAUGGUAUUGUAUAAAUCCAUAGAAAUGUUUUGAGUGAUAGCUCCUAUGCUCAUGAAUUUAAAAAAAGAAAGAUAAAAUGGAUUGAUGCAAUGGGUAUCACAUUAGAUGCAUAUAAAAGCUCUAGUUUCUCAAUAUGUUCUAGUGCCAUGCUCAAAGCAGCAAACUGUGGUCCAAAGUUGAAAAGACCUCCAUCUAUUGAUUAUAUUAUUAAUGAUCAAAUACAUUGUCAUUUCCCCUUUAAGAAAGUGAAAUAUAUGUUUGACAUGGGGGAAGGGGUAGAGAAAAUCCCUGACUACUUUCUUCUUUGCCCCCACCUAUAUUUUCAUUGGUGUGAGGAGUUCCCUGGUCUGGAAACCCUCUCCAACAAUGCAGAUCAAUCCAACUAGUAAUCUGAAACAGUUGUCUGGGACACUAGGAAGUUCAGUGACUUUGCUAUGAUCACAUUAUUAGUUAAUAUGCUCAAAGGCAGGUCUUGAACUCUGAUCUUCUUGAUCACUCUGUCUUCUAAGCCAUGCUAUUUGACCUGAUAAGCUACAUUUAAUACUUUCAUACUCUGAAAGGAAGUUUAUUUUUAUUAAAUUAUAUUUUCCCACUUCGUAAAUGCUACUUCAAUGGAGACGUAAGUCUGAUUAUUCUGUAUAGACUUCAGACUAUUGUUCCUAUAGAAUUCUUUUAUUUCCCUUAUAUCAUAGGAAAGUUGGAUGCCUUUCUACAUUUCUGCCCAGACCAAACAUGAGCACAUUUUUUAAAGUAGAGUUUAUCAUAAAAAUUCACACUUAGUUCCAACAAGGAUUUUCUUCCACUGCUGACAAACAUUUCAAAACUUAUCUCAGGAAGCCAUUUUUUCUCUUUUUUGAUUCCACAGGCAUUCUCCACCUUAUCCCUAUAGGUUUUUUUUUUAUAAGUCAGGGAGGAAAUGUCAAGUAAAAUAUUUUGUUGUGUGUGUGUGUUUUUUAAGCUUCUCUUUUAAAGGUAUCCCCAAGUAAUCCUUUCCUAGUGGGAUAUUUGUGUGGCUGAAAUCAUAGGAUUCUGUAAUUGUAGUUUGAGAGCUGGAAGGGUAAUGAAAUCACAAACAAGCUCAUUUUACAGACACUGAAACUGAGGUAAAGGCACUUGUCCAAGGUCACACAAGAAGUAAGAAGAGAAAUUCAAACCUGGUGCUUCUGACUCCAAAUUUGACAUUCUUUCCACCAUACCAAUGAAUGAAAUGAUCACAUAAUGCUGUAUUUGGCCCAUGAUGUGUCUCUACUCUUGCCAUACCAGAGUUUCCAGAAAAUACUGAUUCAUUCUGCACUGGCUAUCUAAAAUGAGCUACAAAAGCACUAAUACAGAGCAGGACCUUACUUCUGAUGGAUGCAAGGACAAAAAAGAGGUUUGUUUUUGUUUUUUGUUUUUGUUUUUUCUGGACACACCCCCUUUGAACAGUCAAACAUACCAGUUUGAGCCAGGUAUUACAUUAUAACCAUGUAUACAGUGCAUUUGAAUUCACUUGUCCAAACUAUGCAGGCUUGCUCUCGUUGGCCAUAUGCCACAACCAAAAUAAGUAAUUGAUUUAGUGCAAAUGUAGUUAAAGCUGUCCUUUGAUCAACUCAACAAGAAUCACAGAAUCUCAGAGUGAGAAGGAACUUUAGUGACCACCCAGUCUAAAAAGAAUCAACACUUUGUACCUACCACAUCGUUACUAGGACUUUGGUUGAAGAUGUUAAGGAAAAGGGAAUUCACUUUCCUUUAACUGCCUGACUCAUUAGACCAGCUUCACAAUGCAGCACCUAAUGAAUGUAUCACCUUGAGCUUCAUUUCUAUGGGGGUCCUUUCUUCUCUCAAAUAAGUCAAUCAUUUUGCUUAAAAUGAAACAAGUUACCAACGAGAGUUACUAUAUAUUAAUACAUAAAAUUAUAAUUGUAGGUGAGAAAUCAACCUUAUGGUUUGAUUUUAGUGAUAGAGAAACUGAAAGCCAGAAAGAUGAAGUUAUGAAUAUAGUCUUUCUUCCACAGUUGUUCAGAUAUUUCCUAGGUUUAUUAUAUAUUCAAGGCCAUUUUAGAUAGUCAUGUCACUUUUCAUGGUGUAGUGGAUAACAUUGUAGUCCUAUGAGUCAGAAAUUCCUGAGUUCAAAUCCAGCCUCAGACGCCCAGUAACCCUGGGCAAGUCAGUUAACCCUGUUUGCCUCAGUUUCCUCAUCUGUUAUAUGAGGUAGAAAAGUAAAUGGAAAACCUCUCCAGUAUCUUUGCCAAGAAAACCCCAAAUGGGGUCACAAAGAGUCAGACAUGACUAAAACAACUGAACACAAGAGCAAAUUAUUUCACUGCUCUAUGCCUUAAUGUCCUUCAUGAAGGGUUUGGACUGAAAGACCUUUUAGGUCCCUCAUGCUCUAUAUCUAUGAUACUAUGAGCCUAGGAUCCCAAGCAGCAAAAUACUGAGAAUUCUAUAAAACAGUAUAUUAUACGUGAAUGCACACACACAUAGAAGAGCAAGUCUUGUAAAAUUAUUGAAACUCUGCAAUUCUUUUCAAUGAAACAGGGCUUUUUUGUGUAAUUCUUGAUCCCGUUUUAAUGAUUUCCAUUAAAAAAAUGACUAUGGCUAAUACUGAUGUUUGAUUACCCACAAUGAUGAAGUCAUAGAGAAGAUUGAGAACAUUCCCCAACUCAUCUCUCUCUAAUGUCAUAUAAUGGAAGUUUUAGCAACUACAAUGAGCAUGCUACACAUGAACAAGGAAACAGAAGGGAAAAAAGACUGUCCCUGCACAGUCUUUUUCAUCUCCUUAGAAUUUGAUACAAGUUUGGGGAAAAAAAUAAUGUAUUAGUGUGCCCAGCCUCUAAGAAAUAAGAGAUCAAUUGCUGCUCAAACUGUUAGUUUAAGCACAUUAAACUCUGGCAAUCUGCUAAAUCACCCCAGAUGUUGUAGGUGCCUGAUUUCCAAGAAGUGCAGGGUCUCAUUUGUUUAGCUCAAUAGAUGUGGUGUCUUUUGUAAUAUCUGAGGAAAUAAAUUAACUUUUAUCACUGGGUUUAAAAUCUAGUUGGAGAAAAACUGUGAUCAGCAGUUACCCAGUGAGGCAAACACACUGAGCACAAGGCAUUCCUAAUAGCUAGGAGGUUUUAAAAAAAUUACAGACUACAGAAAAGAAUGAUUUGCUGUGAUAUGUGUAGUUGGCAGAUGGCUCUGAAAUGAUUUCACAUCACUGCAGCACAUCCAUAACCCAAACAAGCCAGGCAUUUUCCAUAUUGAUGCUUCUAGGUUUUCUAAAGGGAAUUACAAGAGCACAGACUAUGUGGAUUUUGUCUUUUCUUCCUUUGGCAGUUAUUAAUGGGAGUUUUGUGUCCAAAUAGGUGAUACUAAUAAGGACAAAGCCUUAUAAAAUGAGGGAAGUGAAGUGAAUGUUUAAGGUGAAUGAUGAGAGAACCAAAGAUUUUGGAAGUCUGAGGUUUAUCUCCACACUUGUAGAACAUGGCAACCAGUCUUUGAAUUUUGUUAUCAAGGAAGAUAUAGAUAGGUGCCUAAGGCAUUUGCAUUCUGAAAAGAAUAAGUUGUUUCUGUCUAGGCAUAUAUGUCUAUGCUAUUCUAUGCAUAGAUACAAGGUACAGGCAAGAGUAUAGGAAAUGUAAAAAAUGGUACAAAAUGGAAACUGUCAUAUUUCCCUAUGCAAUAACUUUCCCUGAAUAUGAAAAGAAGAAAUGAUCCUAUGCAAGUUUAGAAUUUAAUACAUAGAAAGAAAUAAGAGAGCUAUGGUUAACACUUAGGAAUGAUAAGCAGAAAAAAAGACAAAAAAACAAUGAACCAGUAGAAGACAUCACUGAUCCCUUUCCCUGAAUAUGAAAAAGAAGAAAUGACCCUACACAAAUUUAGAAUUUCACACAUAGAAAGAAAUGAGAGCUGUGUUUACUACUUAAAAACAAUAACCAGAAAAAAAAAUGAAACAGAGAGAGCUAGUAGAAGGCAUCACUGAUGGUGGUAUGAAUUGGUAUCAUUAAGACAGAUCUGGUUUCAAAGGUCUCGCUAUGAGCAAGCUGGGUUCAUUAAGAUGGAAGAUGACCUUUUCAGGCCUAUAGCCUAUCAGUUAAUCAAUCAUGGUGCCUUUUGAGCAAAAAAAGAUUCACAGUCACUCUGUGAAUCUAACUUACUCUCAGAAAGUAAGUCCUUUACUGACAGGAUCCAUCUACAUUGGUCUCUGAUUCAUGGCCUUGUACAUGUCAGUAGACUAGGAUUUAGGGUUUACAUCAAUUUCUUUAAAUUUACUUCAAGGCCAAUAUUAGUCUUGCAUUCAUUUUGUAAUCCAAAGUGAUAAUAUUAUAUAUUAAGGAUGCUGCUUUGUAGGAGAGUGUAGAUACCCCUUCACCAGGAUCACUUCACUCAUCAAUGUCCUUUUUCCAUGUCAUGUACACAACCUUCUGUACAUAUAUAUUCUGGAACGGAUAUAUUGUUACUUCUUAUUUUGCCCUAUACCCACUUUUCUGUUUCUUGUGGUACUAUCCAAAAGGCUGCUUUGGCCCUUAUUAUCCCCUAAGGUGCAGUAUCUAUUCCAUUUGAAGUGACAAUGUGUAUUUCUUCCUUGGAGAAUGAUGCACAGAUACUUAGAGCAGCUCCUUCUCAUUGAUAUUUUAGAAACUCUUAUUUUUUUUUGUUUUGUUCUGUGUAAGCCAUAUUCAUUGUACACUGUGUGUAUAUUUUUGUUUAAAUAAAUGUGACUUUUAU